AUGCUACCAAAUCAUCGAAGUCGUUCGCAUCAUCGUAAUUUUCGAAAAAAUAAUAAUAAUAUUCACUCACUUCUGAAAAAUUCUAUCGAAAAGCGCUCGCACUCUUUGGGCGGAAGCAGCACCAGUCCGACAAGCUCUUUUUCGUCCACUGACGAAUUCGAAGACAACAAAAACAAAAGACAUGUAUCGAACGCUGACAUUGAACGAAUAAUCAACGAUUUUAUUGCGAAUGGUAUUUUAAACAUGAGCGGAAACGUCAACGGUAACGGAUACAAUCACAAUCACUUUCCAACGGGAAUUCCCAUCUCGAGCUCGUCGAAUUCCAUUCAAUCGCAGUCUCGAAUGAAUAAUUUGAAUGCGAAUCGAGAUUUAUUGUCACCCGGGAAUGACGUUAUUGUCACGAGGACGACGUCUCCAUCGUUUUAUGCACCUGGAGUCCGAGAUAAUGUAUUUCGAAAAGAUGAACAUGUGAGGAUAAUUGGUCCGACGACGGAUUCGGCGUGGUAUCGAGCACGGAAUGCAAAUGGUGAGGAGGGAUUGGUUCAUGCGGAUUGUGUUGUUAGAAUCAACAGUCAAUCGUACGAUAACGGAAUUGUCCGGAUGCGAGCGAGUGGUUGUGAUAUUGGAGCAGCUGCGUCGACAGCUUCAAGCACGUCUUCUCAUCACUCGAUUGUUGCAAAUAAUCAACCAUGGUUUCAUUCGAAUAUCAGCAGAGAGCACGCUGAAAAACUGCUACGUGGCAAACCCGAUGGCACAUUUCUCGUCCGUGAAUCCACCAACUUCCCCGGCGACUACACACUAUGCAUGGCGUAUCACGGGAAGGUUGAGCACUAUCGUACUUAUCAAAUGUCCGGCGGACAGCUGACGUGCGACAAGGAAGAGUAUUUCUUGAAUUUGACACAGUUGGUUUCGCACUACAAACGAGACGCAGACGGUCUGUGUCAUCGACUAGUCACUCCAAUUAUUUGUGAAACUGCGACGUUCUCUUCGAAUGGAUCGUCUUCUUAUGGAUCCUCAUCAACAGUUGAUUUAGAGGAUAGAACAUCAGUAUUCAGACAUGCUGGACUGGUGAUUCCUUCGAAUGAUAUUGAUGUUGGAGACACAAUUGGACACGGAGAGUUUGGAGAUGUACGAUUGGGAACGUAUAAAGGAAGGAAAGUUGCAUUGAAAGUAUCGAAACGACAUGGAAAUGGAAUGUUGGAUUCAUUGUUAGAUGAGGCCAAGUUCAUGGUAGGCCUAUCUCAUCCGAAUCUGGUGACACUUGUUGGUGUGGUGCUCGAUGAUGUGAAUGUCUAUAUGAUAACUGAAUAUAUGGCAAAUGGAAAUCUGAUAGAUUUGCUGAGAUCUCGAGGAAGGCAUGCGUUGGAAAGGAGGCAGUUGAUGAUGUUUGCUAUUGACAUUUGCCAAGGAAUGUGUUAUCUCGAAUCAAAACAAAUCGUCCAUCGUGAUCUGGCCGCUCGAAACGUGCUGCUCGAUGAGGAUUUAGUGGCGAAAGUUUCGGAUUUCGGGUUGGCGAAGAAAGCGAACAGUCAGUCACAUGACUCGGCGUCAGGAAAAUUCCCAAUCAAAUGGACGGCUCCGGAAGCGUUAAGGCAUAGUCAAUUCACCACAAAAUCCGACGUCUGGUCAUUCGGUAUUCUUCUCUGGGAAAUUUUCUCGUUUGGACGGGUACCGUAUCCUCGAAUCGGUGCCGAUGGUCGUUCGCCAAUCCAAGACGUUGUGAGGUAUAUCGAGAAGGGAUAUCGAAUGGAGGCGCCCGAAGGAUGUCCGCCUGAAGUUUUCCGAGUUAUGAAUGAGACAUGGGCUUUGCAAGCACAGGAUAGGCCUUCGUUUGGACAGGUUCUCCAAAAAUUGACAGCAAUACGGAAUGCAGUAUGA